AUGAUUAUAAUUGAAGGGGAAAUGGAGCUACCAGAUUCUGAUGACCCAUUAGGUCAAAUGGAUGGGCAUGAUAGACCAGUUCCAACGCACAAAGGUUACUUUUUGACCUUUUUGGAACCAGUAAACAAUAUCACCAUAGUCCAGGGCCAGACAGCGAUCCUUCACUGUAAAGUAGCAGGACAUCCAUCGCCCAAUGUCAGAUGGUUGAAAAACGAUGCACCAGUGGUUCAAGAACCAAGAAGGAUCAUCAUAAGGAAAACAGAGUAUGGCUCCCGAUUAAGAAUCCAAGAUCUUGACACAACUGACACUGGCUACUAUCAAUGUGUGGCCACUAAUGGGAUGAAGACAAUAACUGCAACAGGAGUUCUCUUUGUAAGGCUGGGUCCAACACACAGCCCAAAUCACAAUUUUCAGGAAGAUUACCACGAAGAUGGGUUUUGCCAACCAUACAGGGGAGUUGCUUGUGCUCGAAUAAUUGGAAACCAAACUAUUUAUGUGGACUCCCUUCAAAUGCAAGGGGAAAUUGAAAACCGGAUUACUGCUGCAUUUACUAUGAUUGGCACAUCCACCCAUUUGUCUGAUCAGUGCUCUCAGUUUGCCAUCCCAUCUUUCUGUCAUUUCGUGUUUCCUCUGUGUGAUGAACACUCUCGGACACCUAAACCAAGAGAGCUUUGUCGGGACGAGUGUGAAGUUCUGGAAAACGACCUCUGUAGGCAGGAGUACAACAUUGCCAGGUCUAAUCCACACAUUCUGGUGCAGCUCCAACCCCCUAAGUGUGAAGACUUGCCAUUACCAGACACUUUAGAGGCUGUCAAUUGCAUAAAAAUUGGAAUACCUGUAGAGCGGCUCAACAGAUAUCACCAGUGUUACAAUGGCUCCGGAGUGGAUUAUAGAGGUACUAUCAGUGUUACCAAGUCCGGUCACAAUUGUCAGUAUUGGGACUCUCAACAUCCCCAUUCCCACAAAAACAAAAACGAACGCAUGGAACUGUGUGACGUACCUUCUUGGAGUCCGCGUGACAGCAGCAAAAUGGGGAUCCUCUAUAUCCUGGUUCCCAGCAUAGCCAUCCCUUUGGUUAUUGCCUGCCUUUUCUUCUUGGUAUGCAUGUGCAGGAACAAGCAGAAGGCAUCUGCUGCCAUUCCACAGCGUCGCCAGCUGAUGCCCUCUCCUAGCCAAGACAUGGAAAUGCCUCUUAUAAAUCAGCAUAAACAGACUAAACUAAAAGAAAUCAGUCUUUCCACUGUGAGAUUUAUGGAGGAACUAGGUGAGGAGAAGUUUGGAAAAGUUUAUAAGGGUCACCUGUUUGGUACAACUCCAGGGGAACAAACUCAAACUGUUGCCAUCAAAACACUUAAGGAUAAAGCAGACUUAACUCUCCGUGAAGAAUUUAAGCAUGAAGCCAUGAUGCGGUCAAGACUGCAACACCCAAAUAUUGUUUGCUUGCUAGGAAUAGUGACCAAAGAACAGCCCAUCAGUAUGAUUUUUAGCUAUUGCUCCCAUAGCGAUCUCCAUGAAUUCCUGGUUAUGAGAUCUCCCCAUUCGGAUGUUGGCAGCACUGAUGAUGACAAGACAGUGAAAUCUACUUUGGAGCCAGCAGAUUUUUUCCACAUUGUGACUCAGAUAGCAGCUGGAAUGGAAUAUUUAUCAAGCCACCAUGUUGUCCAUAAAGAUUUAGCCACGAGAAACGUACUGGUGUUUGACAAGCUCAAUGUGAAAAUAUCUGAUUUAGGUCUUUUCAGGGAAGUUUAUUCUGCUGACUAUUAUAAAUUAAUGGGAAAUACUCCACUCCCUAUACGAUGGAUGUCCCCCGAGGCAAUCAUGUAUGGCAAGUUAUCAGUUGAUUCUGACAUCUGGUCCUAUGGAGUGGUGCUGUGGGAGAUCUUCAGCUACGGUUUGCAGCCUUACUGUGGCUACUCUAAUCAGGAUGUCAUUGAAAUGAUAAGAAACCGGCAGGUUUUGCCAUGUCCUGAUGACUGCCCCGCAUGGAUAUACUCACUGAUGUUAGAAUGUUGGAAUGAAUUUCCUAACAGAAGACCCAGAUUUAAAGACAUUCACAACAGACUGAGAACAUGGGGAAACCUCUCUAAUUAUAACAGCUCCGCACAAACAUCUGGUGCAAGCAAUACAACACAAACCAGUUCCCUCAGCACAAGUCCUGUUAGUAAUGUCAGCAACACAAGGUAUGUUGGGCCAAAACAAAAACCACAAGCUUUCCCUCAGCCACAAUUCAUACCAAUGAAAGGACAGAUAAGACCCAUGGUCCCGCCUCCUCAGCUGUACAUUCCAGUCAAUGGUUACCAACCAAUGCCAGCCUAUGGAGCCUACCUGCCAAAUUUUUACCCAGUCCAAAUCCCAAUGCAAAUGGCUCCUCAACAGAUGGCUCCUCAGAUGAUUCCAAAGCCAGGAUCCCAUCACAGCGGAAGUGGUUCCACGAGUACAGGAUACGUAACUACAGCCCCCUCCAAUGCCUCUGUGGCUGACAGGGCUGCUCUGCUGUCAGAAGGUACAGAUGAUGUACAUAAUGCAAUAGAGGAUGUUGCUCAGAGUCUGGUUCAGGAAGAGGAAGAGGAGGAAGGUUCAGUUCCUGAAACAGAAUUAUUGGGUGAUAAUGACACUGUUCAGAUGGACGAGACAGAGUUCCAGUCAGAAGCCUAAGAUAGUUGCCUUAUGACACACACAAAACUGGACAUUUCUUCAAGAUGGCUGGAGACUGUAGUCCUAACUUGCAUAAUUCAUGUUUUCCUUUGCUCUCUUAGGCACACCUACUAAUCCAAGGCCACAUAAAAUGCAGCAGUGUUUAUGCACCAUUAUUUCCAGCAAAUAUUUGUAAACAUGAAAAUAUAGAAUUCCCACACUGAAAUCUAUAGCUGACUACAGUUCUUGCAGGGAGGCUGCUUUUAUAAUAUACUGUUGCUGUGCAACAUAUAGUUGAAAUGCAUUGCACAUCAUGUAUAUCUUGAUCUUUGAUUGUAAUUUGUAAUGAAUUCUGGUUAAAUCAGUAACCCCUCCUUCCCAAGAAAAGCUGAACUACAGUAAUACAGAGACUGGUUCUGCUUGACAAGAGGUGCCCAGGAUUCAAUGACUAUAUGGAUAUCAUCUACCUAACAGAAUAUUUAUCUCACUGAUGCAGAAUUGUCAAGGGGGUUGUCCAGACAUAGGGAAAUCCAGGUAGUAAUAUUGAUCCAAAUUGGAAAUAAAGAGAAUACAGGCAGAGUUCAGGAAAGAAGGCAGAAUGACUCAAACAUGUUUUUUCUUAGUGACUGGGCAUUGCACAACUUUCCUACCAAGAUCAGUUAUUUCGUUAUGAAUGAAUGGA